AUGGCAUCGCACAAGAGACCAGUACGAGUAGGGGGCGCCAGCGGUGGCUUCUCUGACCGCGUACGUGCAAUCUCAUCUCUGGCAAAGAACGAAGAUGUCGAUGUCAUUGUUGGCGACUGGCUAUCAGAAAUGACCAUGACGAUACACGGCAGUGGCAAGCAACGGACCCUUAAGCAACUCUCAGCAAAGAGCCAGCAGUUUGGCCAACUCAACUUGGAACAACAGCUCCAGACAGCCAUGUUCGCUGAGAACUUCAUGGAUUGCUUCGAACCCGCUAUUGAUGACCUAGCUAGACGAGGAAUCAAACUUGCGGUCAAUGCUGGUGCUAGCGAUACCGAAGUGCUGGCCAAGCUCGUACUCCAAAAAGUCCAAGCCAAGGGCCACGAUCUUAAAGUAGCCUGGAUUGAGGGUGACGAGCAGACCGAUAAUGUUCGUCGACUUAUCAAGCACGGCGAGACAUUCGAAAGUCUUAUGCACGGCCGCAAGAUCCAGGACUGGCCGAACGAGAUUGUGUGCGCUCAAUGCUAUCUUGGAGGCCUCGGUAUCGCAGAAGCAUUUCGACAAGGUGCAGACAUUGUGAUCGCCGGCCGGGUAGCAGAUGCUGCGCCUGCGAUAGGUGCUGCUGCUUGGUGGCAUGGCUGGAACCAAUCGAACCUGGACGAACUUGCCGGUUCGCUUGUGGCGGGACACUUGAUCGAGUGCGGAGCUUAUGUGACAGGUGGCUAUAUGUCUUCUUUCAAGGACUUGCUCAGACAGCGAAAACAUGUCAAUCUCGGCUUCCCAAUCGCAGCGAUAGAUCAUCUUGGCCAAUGUGUUAUUACCAAGGAGCAAAACACCGGCGGCUGCGUGACAGUCGACUCUGUGACCAGCCAGCUGCUGUACGAGAUCCAAGGGCCGAUGUACUACAACAGCGAUGUCGUUGCUCAGCUGGAGGGUAUCCGUAUCGAGCAGAUUGGUGAUGACCAAGUGACAGUAUCUGGCGUGCGAGGACUGCCGGGUCCAGACACUACUAAGGUCGGCAUCUCAGGGUUCGCCGGCUACCAAGCUGAGUACCAUAUCUACCUCUGCGGCCUGGAUCUUGAUGAGAAGUGCCAGUAUGCUGAAGAGCAAAUUCGAUAUGAGCUGGGUGAGGAACGGCUAAAGAAAUUCACCUGCCUGCAAUUCACACGUAACGGAGACUGUCCUGUCGAUCCUCGUAAUCAAGAUGUCGCUACUGUCGACUUGCGUAUUUUUGCACAGAGCAGAGAUCGAGAGCUGUUGAACAUGCGCAAUCCGGAAGGCUUCUUCCGCAUCAGCAUGGUCAACUUCCUGAUGAGCUGCCCAGGCGCAUCUCUCGGCAACGACACGAGACUAGCAGAAGGCAAGCCUUUCUACGAGUACUGGCCAGCGCUGCUCCCACAAUCAGCCGUCACACACAGAGCACACCUGCUCUACACUCCAAGUGGUGGAGGCCAAAAUGUGAUUGACAUUCCACCACCAACGAAUACGGCCAAGCAUCUUCGCCAGCAGCCUUCGUAUGACACGAACAGCCCUGUCGACCUUGCUGCUUACGGUGAAACUGUGAGAGUACCGCUUGGCACAAUUGUGCUCGGCCGCUCAGGUGACAAAGCCUCAGAUUGCAACGUUGGCUUCUUCGUCCGCGAGUCACCCAACAAUGAAAUUUGGGAGUGGUUUCGAAGUGCUCUCACAGUCACCAAGAUCCGCGAGCUCCUGGGACCAGAAGAGUGCGCCAAGUUUGGCCAAUGGGCUCAGCAACCCUCGCAGAUCACAUCACUCUCAGCGGGCCACCUUGCGAACGGACACACCACUGAGCCAGCGAAGAAGAAGGCGAAAGUAAGCGGUGCGACGAACGGUGCAUCGCAUGAUGUAAUGCGCAUCGACAGAUUCGAGAUGCCUCAUGUUCGUGCCGUACACUUCUUGCUGCAUGAUCACCUUGAUCGAGGAUACGAUAGUUGCUCGACAUAUGACACACUUGGCAAGAAUUGCUGCGAGUAUUUGAGGUCGAAACUAAUUGAUGUGCCGAAGAAGUUUUUGGAGUAUGCCAGGAUCUAG